CUGUUUAUUAUCUCUUGUCUAUCCGUGCGCAGUACCAGAGCCAGCCAGGAUUGCGGAGGUCCGGGGUCAGUGCGGAUCAAAAAUGUCUCGGGCAGCGGACAGACUCAAACAUUUAAUCGGACAUCUAGACCGUCCUCCUGCCGCUAUUAGAGCUUCACCAACUGCUGCCCAAGCGUAUGCCCCCGCUCGACCUUUAAAUUUAAGAUACUCUCUGGACAACAACCUACUGACCCCAGAGCAGAGGCUGUUUUAUGAAGAAAAUGGCUUCCUCCUCAUCAAGAAUCUUGUGUCACAUGAAGACAUUGAGAGAUUCAGACAGGAGUUUGAGCGUAUCUGCCGUCGGGAGGUGCAAGUUCCCGGUCUGGUGGUGAUGAGGGACGUGGCCAUCGCUAAAUCUGAGUUUAUCCCGGAUCAAAGAGCUGUGUCCAAACUGCAGGACUUUCAGGAGGACCCUGAACUCUUCAGAUUCUGCACCUUGCCACAGAUCCUGGAGUAUGUGCAGUGUUUCACUGGACCCAACAUUAUGGCCAUGCACACCAUGUUAAUCAACAAACCUCCUGACACAGGUAAGAAGACCUCUCGUCACCCCAUGCAUCAGGACCUGCAUUAUUUCCCGUUCAGACCUGCUCACCGGAUCGUCUGUGCCUGGACAGCCAUGGAGACUGUGAAUAGACAAAAUGGAUGCCUGGUGGUUCUGCCUGGGACUCACACAGGGACUCUGAAGGAGCACGACUAUCCUGAGUGGGAGGGUGGAGUGAAUAAGAUGUAUCAUGGAGUGAGGGACUAUAACCCGGACCAUCCUAGAGUGCACCUUGAGAUGGAGAAAGGAGACACUGUGUUCUUUCACCCGCUGCUCAUCCACGGCUCAGGCACGAACCAGACACAGGGUUUCCGCAAGGCCAUCUCCUGUCACUACGCUGCUGCUGACUGCUAUUACAUCGACGUGAAGGGAACUACACAAGAAAACAUCGACCAGGAGGUGAAAGAGAUCGCAUUGAAGCGGUACAAUUUGGACGGGGUCAGCUUCCAGGACACUUGGGCUUUCAGAGGAAGACUGGUCCAAGGAGACAGGAUUUCAAUGUGAAAGGCAAGACGUUUGAAGACUGACCAUUGAACUGUGGAGAAAUCUUUGAAAAAAAAAAAACACUCAUACGUUUGUUUGGGAGGAAUUGUUAUCGGGAUUGGGUUUGUUUCAAAAGCACUUAAGAGUUAUAAUUUAAGCAAUUACAUACCUCAUUAUGAGAUUGGGCUAACAUUAAUAGCUAUAAUCUUUGUACUACAUGUUAAUUGUUUAAAUAUACUGUGGAUAUUUAAACAGUUGAAAAGAUGGAAAUGGUUGUAAAUGGCUGUAAAAUAGAAUUAACUGUUUGUCUUGUCUUGUUUAAUGAAUGGGAAUAAUAACUGAAGCAAUCAUGUGUUUAGCAGGUUGUUAUGAGGCCUUAAUCAUUACUAAGUUGCCUUAACCAUUUUAUAUGUGUAAAGAUGUGACUAAUUUGAAUUGUUUAUGACAGUAAUGUAAAGUGAAUCAAUUUUAAAGAAUAUAUUUAAUGCAAUACUU